UGCAGGAGAUGACCAGAGACAACAGACACAGUACAGGAGAUGACCAGAGACUGCGGACAGCACAGGAGAUGACCAGAGACUGCGGACAGUACAGAGGAUGACUGACCAGAGACUGCGGACAGUACAGGAGAUGAGAGACUGCAGACAGUACAGAGAUGACCAGAGACCACGGAGAGUACAAAGGAUGACCAGAGAUUGUGGGCGCUCAGCUUGACAGCCAGGUGCCAACUGCGCAUGAGCGAGAAGCGCUGCGCUUUGUGAUUGGUCCAGCGGCUUCUGGGAC